AUGGUCACGCGUGGGGCUGCAGCAUUGGACGUUGGUACAACACGUUCAGCUGACAUAUCGUCGGAAUUAGUAGGUGGUGGAAGUGCUGCUAGUAAACCACGUCCAUCGAAUAACUCACCUCAUUCUUAUCGGUCUCCGUUCACUAAAGUUCCUUUCCUGAUGGAAAAAUUGUUUGACGGUGAUAAAGAGUUGUGUAGCUAUUUCUCGAAUGAAGUUAUUUCAGGCUCAGGUAAUCAUCCUAGUUCUUUGAUGUUACCACUAGGAAGAGGCAUCAGUUCGACUUCACAGUGUAACACGUUGGAUAGUUCUAAAACUCACUGUUUACCAGUCCAUCCACAGUUUGCGAACCGUUCAACAAAUGAUUUGUACUCACCUCAGUCAUAUGAUCAUGGGGUACCGUUUUCACCAUCAUCAAGAGUAGAAGAUGGAUCUAAUGUCUUUAAUAUUGAUAACAUGUCACCAUCAUCAUCGAUUUAUCAUACUGAUGGAGAAAUAACACAUGCUAUCAGUCCAGUUCACCAUUCUCCAUUCAAAACACUUUCAAAUCAAUCACUUAUCUCCGGGAUUGUUACUGAUAUAUACCAUAUUGGUCAUUUGUUACAAGCGUUACUUAAAUAUCUUUGA